AGCACGCGCACGGCGCGUCCAGGGUAGCGCACGGUCUCUCCUCGCUCGGAGCUCGAUGGCGGCGUCGGGUGCGGAGACGACGAGGCCCAAAGCGACGCCAUCGGCGCCGCUCCUUUCUCUGGAGCCGGAGCGGCAGCGCGAGUUCCAGGACCAGGUGCAGCGCGUGCGCAAGGCGACCGCUAAGAAUGAGAAGCUGAAGCCUGGUGUUAUAUAUUUGGGUCAUAUUCCAAAAGGUCUUCAUGAACCACAGCUCAGAGAAUACUUUAGUCAGUUUGGGACAGUCACAAGGCUUCGACUUUCAAGGAGUAAAAAGACCGGAGGCAGUAAAGGUUAUGCAUUUCUGGAAUUUGAGUGUGAUGAGGUUGCUAAGAUCGUCGCAGACACCAUGAACAACUAUCUCUUUGGUGAACGACUUCUGAAAUGCCAGUUUAUGCCACCUGAAAAAGUGCAUGACAAUCUCUUCAAAGGCUGUGACAAAGUAUUCAGGAAGCCAUCCUAUCCAGCAGUGAAGCGCUAUAAUCGGAGGCGAACAACCAAAGAGAAAGCUAAGAUGACACAGCGAUUGUUGAAGAAGGAAAGGCUGCUACGGAAAAGACUGGCAGAAAAGGGAAUAGAUUACGAUUUUCCUGGCUUUGCUGCUCAGAUACCUCUAACAAAGAUGAAGAAGCUUUCACAAUCAGACUCCAGCAUGAAUGUGUCUGUGAGCAGUGAGGAUCUUACUCCAGUGUGUACACCAACAGUGCUUGAACGCAGAAAAUCUGAGCCAGAAGACAAUGAAGACAAAGAAAUAAGUUUCAAACUACCACCUGCAAGUAAAAAGAUUGCUGGGCGAAAAGCCAAAACAGCAAAGUUGCAGAGAAAAACAACUGGCAAGAAACAGAAAAUUAAAACUUAAGCAUUCCUUUACCCAAAGACACUUUGAACAUUUUGGAUUUUCCAGCAGCUCUGCUUUUUCAAGAGGGAAAGUCUUACGAGGUUUCACUACACGGUUACCAUCACUUUGCUAUCAAAUACGUAUCUCAUCAGAAAACAAGCCACAAUUCCAGUACUGCAAGAAGAACUAUUUUUGAGGGCUGUCACUUUGGAAGUAUUUUUGCCUUAUACAAAAAAAGCUGAAUUGUGCUACAGAUGUCUUCAGAAAAAAGUUGCGCAAUGAGUAAACCUGAUCGUGGAAUAGGAUGUUGCAACACAGAAUGUUGUGGAAUUCUUAAUCUUUUCUUUAGCUAUAACUUAAAUUCAAAAUAAAUUUUAAAUGAACAUGGA